UAUGCCAAAACGAAAGAUUAAACAGAGAUACAAUACAAGAAAGAAGGUUAAAAAAGAACAAAUACCUCUAAUAAUUGAUGAUAUAUCGGAAUUUGAUAAAACCUACAAAUGCUUAGCUUUUGAAAGAGGUUUAUUUGGCUCAAAGGAAGAAAAUCUUGCAAGAGGUGGAAAAAUUAAUUUACCCGAAUUGGUUUUAUCUGAAAUCGUACGGGAGUCGCUGCCUUGUCCUUAUCUUUUCAAACUAACGAAUAACGAACGCUUCUGUUACUGUGGAGUUAAUGAAUUCGUCGCUCCUCCAAAUACAAUUGAAUUACCUUCAUGGAUGUUGGAGAGUCUCAAAAUUGAGGAAACGUCUAAUGUUAAAAUUGAAUCAGUUGAGCUACCAGUAGGGACAUAUCUUAAAAUUCAACCGCAAGACGUUAACUGGUUAAAUAUAACCGAUUGCAGAGCUGUUCUUGAGAAAUCUUUACGAUCCUUUAGUACAUUACAUAAAGAUGAAACGUUUCCAGUAGAUUACAACAACAGAACGUAUCAUCUAAAAGUACUAGAAACAUUACCAAACGACGCUAUUCAAAUUAUAAACUGCGAUAUAAAUGUUGAUAUUGAGUUACCCGUUGGCUACGAAAGCGCUAAAAUCAAAGAUAAAACUCAAGAGAGAAAGAGAGAAAUAUCUAAUAAUAGUAGCACUUAUCUUGGCCGUGGAUAUAGAAUUGAUGGAAAAAUACCAGAUUUGUACAUUCCUCCCACACCUUCCGGUAUGGUUCGAGAGGAGCUUAAAAAAGGAAGACCAGAUUACAAACAUGAUAUAUAUGAACUUUGUUUUAAAUUAGAUAAAUAA